GUUUUAUCACAAAGGUUAACUUCAACAUUGAAGUAUAAACGGUCAUGUUCUCUCAUACCGUCAUGGCGAUGACUAUCAUAAAGUAUGGGGUGGUCGGGAAUGAUUAAUAUCAGUUGUAUCACAAACGUUUACCUCAAUAUGAAAGUGGAAACGAUCAUUUGCUUACGCAUUCCUUCGAGUAAAAUACUGUUAAAGACAAUGUGAAACAAACAGUAAUUCCGACAAAUUUCCAUUUUAUUUGUGUGCUGCAAAUUGUACUCUUUUCCACAAGUGAACGCUGGUUUUCGGGAACUAAACGUUCUAUAAGAACAUUUUACUAUAAUAAUUACCCGGGAACUAAACGUAUUGUAAGAACAUUUUGCUAUUAACAAUUUUAAGAUAUUUAACAAAUAUACAGGAAAUUAAAGCAGCAAAAUGGAAGUGAUUCUUUCACGCUUUAUUUUGUUAUGUUUGCUCUUAACACCAACAACUUCUGAACCAGUUUGUUCUAAAUUUGCCUAUGAGGAACAACUGCUGGAGAAAAUGGUGAAAGUGGAAUUUAAUGUUGGGCAGAUGGAAAAGGAAAUUAAGAAUACCAACAUUCUUGUUCUUGAAUCAUUACAGCAACUGAAACAAAAUUGGGAGAAGGUGACCGAUGAAUCUAAAGCGAUGGAAAUGGAAGCCAGAAAAGUGUUAAAUGAGAACAAAGAGAAUAUAUCGAAAGAAAUCGACGAUCUACGAGCAGAAAAGGCAAAGGCAGCGGAGGAAUAUGACGAAAAGAUAAUGCAGUUAGAAGGAGCAGUUUCUGUGCCAAAUAUUGCGUUUAAAGCCAGAAGCCCCUCCUCGCUUGACCCAAAAGAGAACAAAGUGAUUGUUUUUACCAAGAACAUUGUAAAUAUUGGAAAUGCCUAUAACAAUGCCACAGGGAUAUUUACAGCACCAAUAGAUGGCACAUAUCUUUUCACAAGUCAGCUCUGUCUCGUACCUGAAAAAAGUAUCUCAUUUGGUAUUUAUAUUGAUGACACGUUAUACACCGUGGGAAGGUUCUAUGAAAAAAACUUUCACACUUGUUUUAUUGUUGAAACAACAGCUGUCAUGUUAGCUAACCAGAGGGCGUCAGUAAAAAGUUGGAGUGCGUCUGCAGGAAGUAUACUGUAUGAAGACACAAAACAUCGAUGGUGUAUGUUUUCUGGGACUUUAAUUCAUAAGUAAAUGUACUAUUUUGUUAAUGUAGAAGAUGAAAAUGCGAGUCGUCACAAUAAAAUGGUGGAACCUUCAUGCACGUCAAUAUGGAGAACUAUACAUUGUAUUUACGGAUGUAACAAACUAAAGUAUACUUAAACAUUAUACAUAAAAUUGAGUAAGUUGUAUAGUCCAAGACUUCAUGUAAUCUAAAGCCUUAGUUGGUACAUUCAUGUAACAAAUACUUAGGUGACUUUUUAAAUGAGUAAGGAGAUGUUAGAGAACGAAUAUUUGUAGGAAUGUUAUUCCAGUAAUGUGAAAAAGAAGCUUUCAUGUAAUUAGUUCGUUGUUCAGGUGUUUGAAAUCGAUCUAUUACUGGAAAAGUUGAGCAAUUUUUUAAAUAUAAUUGGGUGAUAGGUUUUUCUGAGCUUUAUACACCAAGACCGCCGCGUGAUUCAGUUCAUUAAAUAAUAUAGUAAAUAAUUAAAUAAUAAAGAGUUCGGUUUGUCUGAUUCAUUGGUAUUACAAACGCCUCCUUAAAUACAUAAUAUUUCCAGAACGAAUGCUUUGGUUUAUAACAUGAGCUAUAGCAGAAGUAAUUUAGUCACCGCAGUGCUUGAUUAUUCUCGGAACAAUACCAUCAAUUCUUGUUGAUUUGCUUGGAUUCAAUUUAUCUGUAAUUUUCUUAACUUCGAAGGCUGAUAUAUAGUCAAUAUUAAAUGUGGCAUACUUAAGUUAGUUAGCAAUAAUUUUCUGGAGUUUUGAAAAAAUUUGCUUAAUAAAACAUGUCUUUUCAAUAAUAUUCGAAAUAUUGACAAAAUGCUCAUUCAUAGCAUCUAAAAUCUGCGAUUGGUCUAUUAUAAGCAUAUCUUUAUAAACAAGUGUGGAAGGUAUUGAAUUUUUAUGUUUUACAUCUCCAGAAAUGUUCUUAAUACUUUUCCAUGAAUAACUGGUUGAUGUAUUAUUUUUAAAGGCAUUGUUAUAAAGGUUCUUUUUACUUUUCUUUGUCCUACUAUAUAUUUUAUUUCUUUAAAUUUUGUAUUCGUCGAAUGAUUUGCUUUAUGUAGUUUAUUUCGUUCAUUAAUAGCGUCUUUUUCAUCCGUGAACCAUUCUGGCUGUACGUCGCGUUUUAUUUUUUUUUCUUUUAUUGGUGCAUGUUUAGAUAAUCAAUGUUAAUAUCACUUAGAAUAUGUAAAUCAUCAUCAUCUUCUUCUUCUUCGUUCGCCUUAAUAGUCAGACCAGUAGCCUCGAUGAAACUUGUGGUUUGGUGUGAUUCAUAAUUCGAAAAGUAAUAAUUCAAAAGUAUCUGGUCGGUGAACAAAGGUAAAUAGGCCUGGCCUAGAGUUUGGGAAGUUAACCUCAAUACAAACAGAGUCAAUAUCAGAAUUUUCUAUAUCGUAUUGGCGUCUAUAGGGGAUUGUGUCUGCAAUCUAUACCAUAACUUCUCCACCCUUUUUAUUCUUUCGAUCCUUUCUUUCAAAAGCAAGAUGAUUUAUUUGUAUAUGUAAAGAUUUAUCACUUACACUGUCUGUUAAAAUGUUUCAUUUAAUCCAAUAAUGUCAGUCGAAUUGGGUAAAGAUAAAUGGUACUUUAAUUCAUCUAGCUUUAGCAAUAAAUGUUGAAUGUUUAAACUAGCAGUAUGAAGUCCCUUAAUGUCAUAACAAAAUGGAAGUAUUUCAUCAUAUUUCUGAUUACAUUUGUCCAAAUUUGUAGAUUUUGUUUUAUUAUUUUGAGAAAAAUAAACUGAUUGGUUACCUGUCGCA